AGAUGAUGCAGGACGCUGAUCCUUUAUACAUGCGGCGGUGGUUUCAUGCAGCUGUCGUUUAUUUUGAAGUUCUUUGCAGUUUUGGAGACCUGGGCCCCGAGCUCGAUUCUCAGCGACAACGAGUCAGGCGUUUAGCAAGGCUCUGCUCUCACUUGCACGAAAACUGUGUCGUUGAACACGACGCUGCCAGCCGCCAUAUAACAGACAUUUACAAUUUGCACUCUGAUCAGGUCCUUGGACAUGGUUCUUAUGGAACAGUUUGCCUUGCGACUCACAGGGAAACAAACGACGAGUACGCAUGUAAGGUUCUGAGCAUCAAUCGAGUUGGUCCUCAGUAUGUGGAUAAGUUACACUCCGAAAUAUCUUCAAUGCGGCAAUUAGACCAUCCAAACAUUGUUCGGCUGCGCGAGGUGUUUUUCGGCUGCCGUAAAAUAUACUUGGUCAUGGACAUAUGCACGGGGGGGGAAUUAUUUGACUUGGUAAAUAUGUCUAGCGAGUAUCGCACGGAACACUGUGCUACUCGUUUCAUGACUGAAAUGUUCUCCGCAGUCCAGUACCUGCAUGAACACGGUGUUGUCCAUAGAGACCUAAAACUCGAAAACUGGCUAUUUGAACAUCACACGGGCUCCCAUCUUAAGCUAAUUGACUUUGGUCUUGCAAAGCAUUUUCUCGUCCAUGAACGUAUCCACGGUGCAGUUGGCAGCAUGUACUAUGUGGCUCCGGAGGUGUUAAGGGGCUCUUACGACUCGCGAUGUGAUCUGUGGUCGUUGGGUGUGAUCGCUUACAUGCUUGUCUCUGGUGCUCCGCCAUUCUGGGGCAGGGACGAUCGUGACAUUCGGAGAAGUAUCAUCGCUGGUCGUUGGGAAUUUCCCCAGCGUUUUUUUUCUCAAGUUUCACCCAUGGCUAAGGAUUUCAUUGCAAGACUUCUCACUUCCGAUCCUGAACUGAGAAUGAGUGCUGCUGCUGCUCUCACUCACCCCUGGCUGAAAGCGGCGAACACUCCGUAUUCUUCAUCUCCACUCCCGAAGUGGCAACGUAUUGAAUUGCUUGGAACUUUGAAAGAAUUUGUCGCUACGUCCUUGCUACAAAAAGUUGUAUUGGCUGUGGUCGCCUUUAACAUGACGCCGCGCCAAGUGACUGCCGUAAGAAAUCUGUUCGAGUCGAUUGACCUCGAUCAUUCUGGAACCAUCUCUUACGAAGAGCUAGCGAACGCUUCCUCAACUUGUGAUGAAUGCAAGAGCGUCGAUGAUACUACAAUGAUCGAAAUAUUUAAGGCGAUUGAUAUUUCUCGCACGACGGAGAUAAACUUUACUGAGUUCUUGGCUGCCACCAUGUGGCGGCGUAUACACCUGGAUGAGCAGCACAUGAGACGAGUUUUUCAAACCCUCGAUAUCAAUGGCAGCGGCAAGUUGGAUGCAGCUUCCAUUAAGGCACUGGUGGGUAUAGACUAUGAUGACGAUGAAGUAAACCAGCUCAUCGCAGAUGCAGAUGAAGAUGGUGAUGGUUGCCUAUGCUUUUCUGACUUUGUGAAAUCUUGGCGUGCAAACGCCCCAAUAUCCACCCAGCAGACAUAUCCACAUCAUGUUGGCAUGAACGGUGUUGCCUCAGUCGUGCAUGCCAUCGCCCAUGGAACUGCACAGUUCCUAGGCCCCCCUGUGGGUAUGCCCAGCAAGGCAAAAUGCGCACUGCAAGACGGAACCGAGGUACCGGCCCACCCAGUCCAGCCGGCUGAGUUAUCUGGCUAGGUUGUCCUGUUCACGUAAAUAAAGGCAGUGUGGCC